UACAAGUGUGAAUUUAAAUCUACUCGAUAAGUGCUGCCCCCUACGUGCGCUUAAGGAACUACAAUGCGCGCGUUUUCCUGCACUUCGUAAAGUUGAAAGAGUACGUCGUUUGUUGUGUGUUUUAUUUUGUUUUCUUUUUUAUUGUUUAUGUUUUUGUUCAUCCAGUGCUAGUGUUUUAUAUUAAACGUUAUUCUACAGUAUUUCUUUUUUUUGAAGAAAAUGGGCGACAUCUCCGUUUCUAAGGGUGUUUUCGCUCAUAAAGGUAGUUAUAAAAUUGGUCAAAAAAAAUCUACUCGCAGUAACUAUGAUUAUUCUAAUGAACUCUGGUAUACUGCGUAUAAAGAAACAUGGGAUAUCAUUCACACGAAGGCAGAGUCUAUAAGAUCUAAUAUGAUCAGUCAAUUGAUAUCCGACUUACAGUCUUUCGUAUCAAGCGUAAGAUCAAAUAGUAUUGAUAUAUUUGAAAGAGAAAUACCUACAGCUAUGCUACUAACCGGUGUUAACAUUCCGGAUCAUGCUAACAUCUUUCAAAAGAUAGUUCUUACAUUACGGUCUCUAACUUUGUACGUUGCAAUAGUAUGGAGUAAAGAUUCUAACAAUAAAAAAAAUAUAGUUUCAGACACAGUAUUUCAAUUAAUAAAUAAACAAGGAGAGGAUGACGCAUUGGGAAUAAAGAAAACUCAAUGCAACAUGCGCGCUUUAAAAUUAUGGUAUUUAACGCAUUGCAAUCCGUCUGAUCCUUUGAUCAUUAUUAUCUCUGAUUUUGAAAGUUUCUCACCUAGCGUACUUCAUGAUUUUAUAUUAAUACUAAGUACUUAUUCGGAUACAAUAAAAUUUGUAUUAGUUUUUGGUAUUGCAACUACGUUGCAUGUUGUACAUAGAUCUUUGCCGUAUGAUGCUACUUCUAAGUUAAAAGUGAAGGUAUUACAUAUGCAAACACAAAUUAAAAGUUUAGCUGAUAUAUUGGAAGGAACGAUUUUUUCUUCGGAUAUUUUGUUUAGAUUGACCGGAAGAGCGUUUCAAUUAUUAACAGAUAUUUUUUUGUUCAACGAUUUCUCGGUCGAUCGUUUUUUACAACAUUAUAAGUUAUGUACGAUACAUCAUUUUUAUGGAAACAACAUAAACUCUUUGUGUUGUCAACGAAAAGAUAUAAAAUCGAGAAUAUCUACUCUAACAGAGGAGGAUAUUAAAGAUCUGAAGAAGUUACCAUCCAUUGAGAAAUAUUUAAAAACUUAUCAACAAUUAGAUCAAAAUAAAGAACUUGAUGAUACAAAAUUUCGGAAUUUAAUAGAAAUUUUACUGAUACAAUUUCACGAAUACAUGAUUCGAUUUUUAACGGUAUUAAAAUGCCUACACUCUUUGGUAUCAACCUUACCAAAGGCACUAUUAGGAAAGCAGCUACGCGAAGUUUAUACAAAAACGGUUUAUUCGAGUAAUGUUACGGAGUCUCAGGAGUACAAAGAAUGCCUUCAGCUAUUAAACUUUUUAUCGAAAGAAGAGUUGUUAAUAAAAUUAGAGUCUAUCAAGACGAUACUCGAAGAUACGGAGGUGGAACCUCUCUUGAAGGAAUUUCAUGAAAACUUGACGACCCGUAUGAAUGAAAUUAAAAAUGCCAGUUUGGAUAUGAUUAGUAAUGAUAAUUCGGUAAUCAUUUCUGUCGAUCAAAAGCUUACACGUAAUCAAUUGAAGGAGAAAUUAUUAAAGAUGAGUCAAACUCAUAAGCGUUCGCCUUACAAGCAAGCUCAAUUCGAUUUAAUAAACUAUUUAGAUCGAGAGAUUUUCAGCGUUUAUCUAUUGAAUCCAACCGAACUACCCAUGAACGAGAUAUUUUGUUAUAACGAUGGAAAUGCAGUUAAACAACAUAUCCGUGGUUCUGUAAGAGGAGCCAUACACAUGGGUUUGAACGAUCCGCAAAUGUACUUGCAGUGUGACUGUUGCAAAUUAGAAAACGAGGAUGCUAUUUUAACAACGUUGCCCGAUUUAAGUAUAAUUUAUAAGCUACAUUUGGAAUCCAAGAAGCUGAUUAAUAUGUACGACUGGUUACAGGCUUUUUCAACGAUUGUAGAUCCAAUUGAAGAUAUAGACGAGGAACGGGAUAUUGAUCCCAGAAUACAAGCACGUUUUACUCGUGCAGUAACCGAUUUGCAAUAUUUAGGUUUCAUCAAGACGUCUAGGAUAAAAACGGAUCAUGUUAAGCGAUUCACUUAAGCGAGGAUUUCAAUAAAAUAUCAUUUGUUCUC